AGGUCUUACCGCUAAUAAAUAGAGAUGUGUACCUUGCGAACAAAUGAUAAGAUACGUAUUGACCUUUAAAUGGUCACAUAUGUAUACUUAAACGUUUUGUUUUAAGGAUUGCUUUUGCUUUGCGGAUCUUGAUCGACUUAGAUAGAACUGACUGAAUUCUGUGUUUUGGAACCAACCACAGAACGAGUUAUCGUUUUUUAACUGAGUGGACCUGUCAUACCUUCAUUAUGUUCCUGAAGCCGCUAGCAAUAAUAACUUUCAGCUAUUUGAUUCACAGCCUCGUAGCAAGCAACUGUACCCUGCGCGUGGAUUCGAUUCAUGUGGAAGCGAAUUUUACCUUAGAAAGGUAUCUAGGCUAGUGGUACGAAUUCGAGUGGUUAUCUGACCGGUAUGUAGAUCCAGAUGCAUUAUACGAAGACUACACACAAUUAUACAGGAGACAAAAAGACGGUAAUAUAACCAUCACAACACACGGAAGAGAUCCAUUUAAUGGCCACGGAUGUCUCCAAUUUUCUUCUACCAUCUACCUUACAGUCACACCGGGGAAAAUGUUGUUUAAUUAUUUAAAUCAUGGGAACAUAGAGAAUUACUGGGUAGUUGAGACAGACUAUACCAACUACUCAGUGGUGUAUAACUGCAUUCAACUGAAUUCUGACGGCACGUGUAAGUCGGCUAUGGCCUGGGUGUACAGUCGCCAUCCCAACCUGUCAGACGAUUUGAGGGCGAGAGUUAGUCACGUGAUAGAGUCUCUAUGUUUGGAUGAAGCCUCGUUUUAUAAAACCACUCACAACAAUGGUUGUUCUGUCGCACCCAAUCCGGAUUCCGUUGUCGGUUGAUUUGAAAUAUGUAUAGAAAUUAUGUUCUGAAAUAAAUGAAUUUUCAUUAGUCGUUGA